AACACUCAGUUGUUAUCAUGGCUUCAAAGGCACGUGUCACAUUUAAUGUCCUGCUGGCGGCGCUGAUAAUCGAAAAUAUUUUAAGAUUUCCUUUAGUUACGUUAAUUAAUAAUUCGUUUAAUAGUACCGCAUGCAGAUCUCCGGAAUUCUAUGGUAUUAAUUUACAAGAGCAUAAUGUGACGACGGAAGACGGUUAUAUAUUGAAAAUAUUUAGAGUAAGUGGAAGAAAUUGUGUCGUGAAGAAAAGGCCACCAGUGAUUCUGAUGCAUGGGCUACUUCAGAGUUCAGACGUCUGGUUCGAUGCUGGACCUGGAGCCGGACUGGCCUAUCUCAUAUCGGACGCUUGCUACGAUUUGUGGCUGGGAAACCAACGUGGUAACUAUCACGCCAAAAGACAUUUGAUCCUGGAUCCGGACAGAAAUCCACAUUUCUGGCAUUUUUCUGUCGAUGAAAUUGGCUUUUAUGACAUACCAGCCACAAUCGAUUACGUUUUAAAAGCCACGGGUGAGGAGAAACUCAAUUAUGUUGGAUACUCUCAAGGUGCUGGCACCUUCUUCAUCAUGUGCUCGGAGAGACCUGGCUAUUGUGAUAAAGCCAAUGUCUUGAUCGGUGUAGCCCCAGCUGCACGUCAAACACAUACUAAGUCCCUGCCAUACAGAGCGCUAACGAAAAGUGUUGAAAAGUUAGAGGGUACUUUAACUAAUAUGGGUAUUAACGAAUUAUUUGCAAGAGGCUCUUUCGGACAGCAAUUCAGUUCUUUUUUCUGUAACUUGAAUUCCAUAACUGCCGCUGUUUGUGGAGGGUAUAUCGGAGUUAUUGACUCUUUCCAUCCGGGGUCAAUCGAUGUGAAAACCUUGCGCCACCUGUUCACACAUUUCCCGGAUGGAACAUCAACACACAACAUUGCCAGGUACGGUCAGAGUAUGUCCACGCGAUUCUUCCAAAAAUUCGACUAUGGAGAAUCCAAGAAUCUCAAAAUCUAUGGGGAUAUUAAACCACCGAAAUUUAAUCUCAGUGCGGUUACUGUGCCGUUUGUUAAUUUGUACGGAAGGAAUGAUAAACUGGUGGAUCCCAAAGACAUUUCCUGGUUAUUAAAACAGUUACCUAACGUAUUAGAAGACGUCGAAGUAUCAGAUCCAUCGUGGAAUCACAUCGACGUAGCUUACAGUCAGUUAUCAAAAAAAUUGAUUUAUCCUAAAAUUGAUGAAUAUUUAUCGAAAUACAGUGAUGUUAUGUGAUAUAGAGAAUAAGUGAUUUAUUUUGAGGAGGUCAGAACUUUUAUGCCAUAUUUUCUUCCCGUUUAGUUAAGUGCUAUUUACUUACAAUGCAAAGGUAAAGUCCUUGAGAUAGACGAUUGAUUAUUAUUACACGGAAAUCAAGUUAAUUAAAAUAUAAAACAUGUUUGUUUCUGUAAAGUAUAAAAAAAAGACUCGAAGUAAUAUUUUAGUUGAUGUUAAUUAUAAUCAUUAUUUAAAUUCUUUUUAUAAGUAAUGUGUUUUGACGUCACUGUUUCAUACAUAAAUUAUAAUAUACAAUAUGUAGUGUUCUUAAAUUAUUUUAUAUAAAAAGCUAGUUCUCGAUGUAAUAAAACAAAAGUGCAAAGUCCUCGGACGCUCGUAAAAACGUCUUAACUAUUGAUUUCAAAAUAAUUCUAAGUAAGGAGUUUACUCAAACGUAUUAACUGUAAAAGGGGUAACGCGACAUGAAGACAAUUGGGUUAAAGUGAACUUUAAUUAAAAACUCUCCAUUAUUGGUCAUGUUCUUUUUGCCAAAAACAGCUCUACAUUCAUACAGGCAUUUAUAUAUUUUUUUUUGCCAAAACAGAAACAAAUAUUUAAUAACAUCUUUGUUUAACAACUUAUAUUUUCGCUUUCUGUAUAUUAUUAUACAAUAUUUUUGUUCAUGUUUAUAAAUAAGUAGAACAUGAAGAAGAAAAGCGUCUAGACGUUUUAAUAACACUCCAAUCAGACAUUCAUGAAGUCUGCUUGAAGAUCUCUUUGAGCUCCAGCCCACAUGUCUUAAAUCUUGUUUGUUACUCGCUAAUUAUGUAUGUAUAUAUUUUGCUGUAUUUAUCAUAAAUUGUUGUGUAGAACAGACAUUGAUUACGGCCUGAGAAGGUUAAACUUAUAUUCAAAUACUAUUAUCAAUACAGGAAGGGCUAUGUCACAAUAUAACUAUAAUAUUUAAAACUACACUUAUAAUUAAAUAAAAAUAAAAUACAUCUGAAUUAACAAA